AUGAAGUUUAUGCAGCACAGCAUUUUACUGCUGCUCCUGUCAAGCAGCUGCCUGGCGGACAGCAGUCAGCAGUCGGUGGCAGCCGAGCAACCGGUGGCCGAUGGACUCACGGAGAACGCCGCGAAAAAUGGCGCUACCACCGUGGACAAAUCGCAGAACAAACGUGGCGCACCGGACAUCCCGGUCAUCAUAGGUGCACCGGCGCAGCAUACGGCUUACUACAACUAUGCGUCCGCCGUGCCGCAGCUGACGUACGCACACUACCCGCAGUAUCAGCUGUACCACAACCAACACCAGCAGCAGCAGCAGCAGCAGGGCACAGGGCAGCUCACGCACGACUACCACCCGGUGGCGACGGCCACCGUCCACGAGCUGCCCCAGCAGCAGGCCGCUUACGCCCAUCAGCAGCCCAUUUACGCGCACCAUCCGGCCACGACCAUCCAUUACUCGGCCAUUCCGCUGGUCUCGGGGCAACCUAAUUACCAGGGACAGCACCACCAGCAUCAGCAGCAGCAGCAGCACCAGUACCCGCUGACCCACACGCAAGCCAUCCAUUAUCAGCCGGCGGCCGGGGGCCAGCCAUCGGUUCCGAUCGUCCAUCAGGCACCGAUUGCCACCAUCAAUCAGGUCCACCAGGCGCACCAGCUCUACGCGGCCCAGGGUCAGCUCGCCAAGUAUCCGCUCUCGGCCCACUCGGUGUACGGUGCGGGCGGCGGUGUACCGGCGGUCCAGAAUCAGAUCUAUUCGACGGCACCAAGUUAUGGCGACCCCGAUACGCUAACAAAUCUUGCUAACCCCCAAGCCCCCAGUACGCCCCAGUACUUGCCACGGCCCAGACCGACGGUCGGGAGACCGUACACCGGUGACAUCCGGCCGAUAGCGGAGUACGAGGAUGACGAGGAGGGCGACGACGACGGUGGCACCGAGAAUGACUUGUACCGCGACGAACCGCAGCCAACGGACCGCCCGGACCUAAGUUUCGACCCGGAAGAGCCGUGCGAGAAAGACCUCCAGACGGGCCGGGGUCCGGGGUCGUUCAAUCGGAAUCUCUACAACAUGUGGAGGGCGUACGGUGUGGCCCGGACACUGCUGCAGGCGUCUAGCGCCGGUUCGACACCGCCAAGGGCGAAGGGCCGGCCACCGGCCAAGGACGGUAGCACUGACCGCAUUCACCUGAUCCAUCCGCCGGGCGAGUCCGACAAGAAGCUGAAGGGAAAGUACUACCGUGGCAAGUACUACGGGACCGACUACAGCCGGCAAGGCCGUCGGGACGAACAGCGUGACUCGGCCGGCGCCCAGGGCAACCGGCGGCCCAAGUCACUCCAAACCGGCCCACCACCAUCGUCCGCCUCGCCAUCGUCGUCCCCGUCGGCCGGGUCGACGGACCAGGAGUUGGGCCCAACCUACUACCAGCAGCAGCAACGCCCGGCAGCAAGCGGUAGUGCCGUGGCGGGCCAGAUCCUUCCCGCCACAGUCGCCACUCCGGCCCAUCUGAAGCCCUUCGUUCCUGUUACGACCGCGACCACCACGCACCACCACGGGAACGGUAUCAGCUACAGCACCUUCACGCAGCCCGGCUCCGGGGCCGCCUUCCAAGGCCAGACCAAGGCUCAGAGUGUGCUGCAGACGCAACCCGUCUACUACAACACGCUGCAACAACCGGCGACGUACUUCCGCCAGCCGGUCGCGGUCCCGGCUCAGCAGCAGCAGCCACGUGUGCAAGUCUUCUCAACCGUGGCGACUCCGACGGUCCAGAAGACAGCUGGACCCGUGUUCGCCGGGAACCAGUUCAGCCAUCCGGUGCCACCGUAUCCGGCGUACGCUUUCGGGCAUCAGGCUCAUCAGGGCGCGGCCGGACUCAUUUCCGGUGCCGGACCCACGCUGUACCAUCAACAGCACCAGCAGCAUCAACAGUCGGCCGCGGCCUCCGCCGGGAAGCUCGCGUACCUUCCGUCGCCCGUCAACGUCGGCGGGCUGGUGGCAGGCGGUGGCCGAGGCUCCAUCUACCUACUGCACUGA